CACGGGAAUUUGCUUAAGUCGCAGUUGAUUAUCCAAAACUACUGACUGAUCUGAUAUCCGAAUUCCUUUGUAAUCAAUUUCACCUCUGCGAUGGUCACAGUGCGUAGGUCCGCCCCGAAGUCGAGGCAUGGGUGCAAAACAUGCAAAGUUCGCCGAGUCAAAUGCGAUGAGAAUCAACCUCGUUGCAAUCGAUGCGUGACGACAGGUCGCUCAUGCGAUGGCUACACAUCAGAGAGCCCAACAAGCUCGCCAGCUAGUCAUAGCAUUGCAGUCAAUUCUAUGGCAACUAGCACUCAGCCUACAUCUCGCGCAUACGAUCUUCAAAAACGUCGUGCCUUCGAUUUCUUCCGUACGGAGACUGCACCUAAGAUCUCAGGGCACUUUGGGGCAACAACCUGGCAAUUGAUUCUUCAAACUUGCAGUAAUGAGCCUGUUGUCAGUCAAGCCGUGGUCGCAUUGGGGUCCUUACACGAACGUUUGAGUAUAGCUUCCAACGAAAAGGGUUCUCAAGCCAUUGCGACUCCUUUUCCGAUGCGUCAAUACUCUCAAGCUAUCAGUGACCUUCGCGAGUACUUGUCAACGAGUUGGAAUGCGGACAUCAACAUCAUCUUGAUUUGUGCUUUGGUUCACAUCUCAAUUGAAACCCUUCAAGUCAAAUAUUCGAAUGCCGUUCUCCACCUGGAACAUUCGCUGCAACUGAUCCAGGUUGUGAGUGGAAUAUCUACUCCAUCACCAUCGGAUGCGGUAGCUGGACCCUCCUUCAAACAAAACAUAGAGCCCGAACUCAUUGAUACUUUUCAAGGCCUCGACAUUCACGCUUCAUUAUUUCAAGGCAUGCGGCCACCAAUAUUGUCUGGCAUUUGCACCCAAGAUUCAGUUCCAGGGAGGCUCUCCAGUUUAAGAGAAGCACAUCUCGUUCUCAAUCGUAUCACCUCACGCCUCUACACCUUCAUUCGAUCUGUCGUAGAAGAAUACAAACAUCGAAAACUCCAAGUCAUCCCAAUCGAGGAGAUAGCGGAAGCUGCGAGCAUCGUAUCCGAGUUUGAGGCAUGGGACGAUCGAUUUCAAAGAUAUCUUCAUCGGACGACGUCAAAGUUCUCACGCGCUGAUCAAUCGGUGAUUGACAUUCUUUUGGUGAAUCACCGUUUAGCGUUCAUUGAAGCUUCAACAUGUGUCUACUCCGACGCUACUAUCUUUGACAAGUUUGAUGCACCAUUUGAUGAGAUUGUCACUUUAGCAUCAAACGUCAUUCGGGCUCGGAAGCCGACAAGUGUUCUAGACUUUCAAUUGGACAUAGGCAUCAUACAGCCGUUGUAUCGGACAGCACUUUGCUGCCGAGAACCUUGGACUCGACAGAAAGCGAUAUCUCUUUUGCGAUCGAUCACCUUUCAAGAAGGGGUCUGGAAUGCAGCAUCUCAAGCAGCUAUUGCCCAAGUUGCUAUUGACAGAGAGAAUUAUUUCAAAGAUGAAAAUAAUCCAAGCAGGAGAGUCUCGGAAUUUGGCCGAGUUCACACUGUUGGGAUUGAUGUGAUAGACUUUGUGAAGAAGACUGCGGAAGUGAUCCUUUCCCAGAAACUGAAUGGUCUGGAUGGGCCUUGGUAUGAGCAUGUGGAGUUCUGUACGUGGAAAUAA